UCUCCGUGCCUCUCUCGCACGGACCCUGGCUAACGGCUGGUGAAAAACUCUCUCCCGUCCAGCAGUCGUGUGUUUGCUGUCGAGCGAAAAAGAGAGUCUCAUUUGGGAGUUUUUCGUUUGGGAAUCGCAACUGGAUUGUUUAUUUAUGCAAGAGGAUUAAGAAGCGGAUUGAGUGCUGCAGGAUCUGAAGGAUAUUCAUCCAAGUAUCCAAGGGUAGCGAGAUCAAAAAACCACUCCAUUUGUCGAGUUUGAGAAGCCUUUGACCUCACCUAGACCACAAAACCUCAACAAGAUGGGUAACGAGACCUCCCUGCCCAUGGACAUGUGCUCCAACUUCGAUGCCGACGAGAUCCGACGUCUGGGCAAGCGCUUCCGCAAACUGGAUCUGGACAACUCGGGUGCCCUGAGCAUAGACGAGUUCAUGUCCCUGCCGGAGCUGCAGCAGAAUCCCCUCGUCCAGCGGGUGAUCGACAUCUUCGAUGCUGAUGGCAACGGCGAGGUGGACUUCAAGGAGUUCAUCCAGGGCGUCUCCCAGUUCAGUGUCCGGGGCGACAAGCUGUCGAAGUUGCGCUUCGCAUUCCGCAUCUACGACAUGGACAACGAUGGCUACAUAUCCAAUGGCGAGCUGUUCCAGGUCCUCAAAAUGAUGGUGGGCAACAAUCUGAAGGACACCCAGCUGCAGCAGAUCGUGGACAAGACGAUCUGCUUCGCCGACAAGGACGAGGACGGCAAGAUAUCCUUCGAUGAGUUCUGCUCGGUAGUCGGCAACACGGACAUCCACAAGAAGAUGGUCGUCGAUGUCUAAGGACGGUCCGAAUUUGAAACUCUGAAUGUGCGUGUGUGUACCUUCCGUUCAACCUGUUCAGCUUUAUAUACAUUUAGUAAAUACAUAUAGCAAAUGGAUCCCGUCUAUGUAUGUAUGUAUGUCUGUCGGCGGUCUGCGGUCUGCGGUCUGUGGUGCCAAAAAAAAAACACCGAAAUCCAGAAUCCCGAAUCCCGAAUCCGGAAUCCAGAAUAGUCCACAACAGGAACAUAGUCUAUUGGUAGUUGUUUAUAGAAAUGCUCGAAACCACCGGCAACGGACCACUACACAAGCAUACCGGCCCUUGAACCCCGACCCCCUGACUCCUUCGCACCUCCUGCAUGCGACGGCCCUGAUAAGUAUGCUAUAGAUGACUCAAGAUUGAAGACAUCGUCCUAAACUAACUCUAGUUUGUACUAUAUCCUAACUCUACGUUCUGUUUAAGCUCAUCUUUCGACUAAAUGUUGUGUAUAAGAUAUGUAUGUAUAAAAAAAAACAAAAAAAAAAACUAAUUAAAUGAAGUCUACAACAACUAAAAAUUAAAGAAUGUUUAUCGAAAAAG